AUGAAUCCCAGAUUGCGUAGGUUGACCACAACGUUACAUGUCAUCAAAGUAGCCACUUUCUUCUACGUUGAUUGUUGGCGAGAUUCAGCAGAUUAUCAGUACGUGAUAGACAGCGUCGAUUCUCUACCCUACUACAGCCAUGACAUCAACAACAUCAACCGCAACAACAUUCACGACAGCAGUAACAACGGAGACGUCGAUCGAGAUGCAAGCAGCAUGGUUCUCGAUUCAAAUGAGCAGAAUUUGUACAUACUUUCUGGCAGUAAGGAAAGGCGCAACAUAAAAUACCAAACAAUAGACGAUAAUUAUCAUUUGUGUUUAAAUUUCGUACACGAUUUCGAAAAGCACAUGCUUAUAAUCCUUUUAUCAAUAUUGAUUAUAUUUCACAUCAGGCUAAGUUCUUCAUUGAUCAUUUUAACAAGCAUUAAGGAGGUUGAGAGUAUAAAGUUAGGAAAUUCGCCAUGGUACAGAAGUAUAUCAGUUUUGUUACUGUUGGAUAGAUUAUUUGUUUCACAUUAUUUGGCUUCACAACUUUCAAAGCAGCUUCCAUUAAUUAUUUUGUCUCUUCAGAUCUUUUCUCCAUUCUCCUAUCAUUCUUUCAUCGUCACCAGCAGACUUGAGGGAGACCAACAACACGAACCGAGCCGACAGGCAGUCGACAGGCACACACUCACACAUGGGAGAUGCUUGUAUGCAAUAAACCAUGAGAGCAAUAAACCAUACUCCGGAAACGAUAUGUUUCCAUUUGUAAUCAUGGGAAAAAUGAGCCGUAGACAAAAGAAGAGCUACUUAUAUUAA